AUAACGUUUUUUGCACCCGGCCGGUAUUUUACAGAAGCCAUUUUAUAGUCGGUUGAAAAGGACCGACGAGUUAAAUAGUAUAUUUUCUAGUAUAUAUUUUUUUCAUUUAAAGUUUAGUCAUGCCGGGAUAUUCAGACAGAGACCGUGGAAGAGAUAGAGGUUAUGGCAGCAGUGCUCCUCGAUUUGGUGGAGGCCGCAGUGGACCUCCUCCAUCUGGAAAAUUCGGCAAUCCCGGCGACAGACUGCGCAAACGACACUGGAACCUUGACGAGCUUCCUAAAUUUGAGAAAAACUUCUACAAGGAGCAUCCUGAAGUCACCCGGAGAUCAAUGCAAGAGGUUGAACAGUACCGCAGGGCAAAAGAAGUCACAGUCAAAGGCAGAGAUUGCCCAAAGCCUAUUAUUAAAUUUCAUGAAGCCACCUUCCCAAAUUAUGUAAUGGAUGUAAUCAAGAAGCAGACAUGGGCUGAGCCCACUCCCAUCCAAGCUCAAGGCUGGCCGCUCGCGCUAAGUGGAAAAGACAUGGUCGGCAUCGCCCAAACCGGCUCUGGAAAAACCCUGGCAUACCUGUUGCCAGCCAUCGUGCACAUUAACCACCAGCCUUUCCUCGAGCAUGGAGAUGGUCCUAUUUGCCUGGUGCUGGCCCCGACUCGUGAGCUGGCUCAGCAGGUGCAGCAGGUUGCUGCAGAGUAUGGACGUGCCUCUCGCCUAAAGUCCACCUGCAUCUACGGAGGAGCUCCUAAAGGACCCCAGAUCCGAGACCUUGAGAGAGGUGUUGAGAUCUGCAUUGCCACCCCUGGUCGUCUGAUCGACUUCCUGGAGGCAGGAAAGACCAACCUUCGGCGCUGCACCUACCUGGUGCUGGACGAGGCUGACCGCAUGCUGGACAUGGGCUUCGAACCACAGAUCCGCAAAAUUGUAGAUCAGAUCCGCCCUGACAGGCAGACUCUAAUGUGGAGCGCCACUUGGCCCAAAGAGGUGCGUCAGCUGGCUGAAGAUUUCCUGAAGGAGUAUGUUCAGAUCAAUGUUGGAGCUCUGCAGCUCAGCGCCAACCACAACAUCCUGCAGAUAGUCGACGUCUGUAAUGACGGAGAGAAGGAUGACAAACUAAUCCGCUUGCUAGAGGAGAUCAUGAGUGAGAAGGAGAAUAAGACCAUCAUCUUUGUAGAGACCAAAAGACGGUGUGAUGAACUGACCCGGAGGAUGAGGAGAGACGGAUGGCCUGCCAUGGGAAUUCAUGGAGAUAAAAGUCAGCAGGAGAGAGACUGGGUCCUGAACGAGUUCAAGUACGGUAAAGCGUGCAUCCUCAUCGCGACAGACGUGGCCUCGCGCGGAUUAGAUGUGGAGGAUGUGAAAUUUGUCAUCAAUUAUGACUACCCUAACUCCUCUGAGGACUAUAUCCACCGAAUUGGCCGCACGGCCCGCAGUCAGAAAACGGGCACGGCCUACACCUUCUUUACGCCCAACAACAUGAAACAGGCCAGCGACCUGAUCUCGGUCCUGCGCGAGGCCAACCAAGCCAUCAACCCCAAACUGCUCCAGAUGGCAGAGGACCGAGGAGGUCGUUCCAGAGGCGGUCGGGGAAGCUACAAGGACGACCGUCGGGACCGCUAUUCCAGUGGGGGUAGGAGAGAUUUUGGUAGCUAUAGGGAUCGAGAUGGUGACAGGGGUUACAGUAGUGGCCCCAAAGCACAGAACGGCAGUUACAGCGGUGGCAGCAGCUACAACAAAAGUAACGGUAGUAGCAGUAACUACAGUAGCAACAACUACAACAGUGGGGGAAACCCAAACGCUUUCGGAAACCAGAACUUCCAAAACCAGCCAUUCCAGGGGAACCAGGCGCCAACCCAGAACGGAAUGAACCACCCUCCAUUCCCGUUUAACCCCCCCCAACCCCCCCAACAGCCUCCACAGCCCAUGGUGCCCUACCCCAUGCCCCCUGCUUUCCCCCAGUAGCCUCGAAUCAGACCCCACACACACACACACACACACACACACACACACACACACAGAUACUGAAGUAACUGUUAGUCUUGUUUAAGAUUAAUAUUAUUAUUACCCUUUGUACUGUUUCUUUUGCUUACAGUGAGGUUGGAGGCUUGCUUAUUAGUGCACCCAACCGUUUUUGAGUCCAAGUGAUCUUGGUGUGGCUGAGAAACAGCUGCACACCCUUCACCUCUUUUCUUUGUCCUUGUUUUGUUACAUUCCUCAGUAAUUUAUUUUUACUAGGUAAUGUAUAUAUAUUUUUUUUGAUUUAGUGUAUGUUCACUGCGGUAUGUUUACAAAGUCAAUUCGAGGGCCAUGCAUGGACCCUCAAAAUAAAGAAGGAAAAAACUUAAA